AUGCCUCCGUCGAAGCGAAACAGAGUCGUCCCCACCUCAAAGGUGCGGAAAAAUAGGAAGGAGCUAGUCCGCCGGCUCGCCGCAAAUGUUCAAGAUGCCGCGGAAAAGUACUCGUACAUCUGGGUGUUUGACGUCCAAAACACUCGCAACAACUUCCUCAAACAGGUCCGCGCGGAUUUCAGUGAAUCAAGGAUAAUGAUGGGAAAGAACAAAGUCUUGACGGUGGGGCUGGGACAUACGGAGGAAACCGAGUGCGUCCCUGGUGUCAGAGCCCUGGCGCCCUACGUGAAAGGCGAAGUUGGUCUUCUAUUCACGAACCAGGAACCUACAGAGAUCGAAGAAUACUUUGCGGACUGGUUGAAUCAGGACUUUGCCCGCAGCGGCAGCGUGGCGACCCGGGACGUUAGAAUACCACCAGGUGAAAUUCAUACUCAGUACGGCGUCGAAGGCGGCGAGGAUGAUCCGUUGCCGGUCCAAAUUGAACCGACCCUUCGAAAACUGGGCAUCCCCACUCGCCUCGUCAAGGGCAAGGUGGUGUUGGAAGAGCAUCCGGAAGGGUCGAUGGAGGAAGAGGAGGGGUAUCUGGUCUGCAAGGAAGGAGAAACGCUCGAUUCGAGGCAAACCUCCAUUCUGAAAAUUUUGGGUGUGCGCAUGUCCGAAUUCAGAAUUGGGCUGAGGGCUGUGUUUGACAAGAACACAUCGACGGUGCGGGAGGUCAGUGCUAUGGACGUUGACGAUACCAAAGUUUCAUGA